CCAAACAGAAAGUGUGCGGAGAGGAAGCUGGAGCGGCGGACAGUGGACAUGUAGCCCGGGACAGAGGCUGAGCUGCUGCCCGUGAAGAUGGUGAACAAAGAGGAGCUGGAGGAGAAGCUGAGGAGGCUCCUGGUCCGGCUGACGACCCCCCCGGAGGACCGGCAGCUCUCCACCCUGAUCCAGAUCCUCGAGGACCUGCUGUUCCUGGCGCACUCCGACCAUGCUGCGGAGCUGUUUGAAGGGAAGGACGUCCACGUCCCGGUCAGCGUGAUGCUGUCGGCCUACAGCAGCAGCAGAGGCGUCCAGCAGGUGGGCUGGGCUCUGCUCUGUCGGCUGAUUGAACUCUGCCCUGCGACUCUGGAGCUGCUGACCAGGCCUCUGCAGGAGGGGAGGGACUGGGAGGUUCUGGGAGUGCACCAGCAGAUCCUGAGGGUGCUGUCUCAGUUCAGGACUGACCGUCGGGUGACCAUGGUGGGACUUCGAGCUCUGGCUCUGCUGCUGCGAUCAGACCUGACCCUCCUGAUGGUGCUGGAGGAGGAAGACGAUGUGUUUGCUCUGGUGGUUCAGGCCAUGAAGACGUUUCCAGCCCUGGAGGAAGUGCAGCUUCAAGGCUGUGGAGCUCUGCAGCUGCUUCUGGACAGAGUGAGUGAUAGCCAUCUGCUGGAGUUCGUGGAGAACCAGGAUCAUGCUGUGGUCCUCGCAGCUCUUCAGAGGUUUCCAGACAACGCAGAGCUGCUCCUCCAGGGAUUUAAAGUACUGCUCCCCCUCGCCGGUCCUGGCAGUAACGUGGAAGUGUUGAUGUCAGGAGGCACCCGGUGCUACAGCCUCAUCGUCUCCACCAUGGACACCUUUCCCGAGGUGGAGGACAUCCAGGAGACGGCCUGCUGCCUGCUCCAGAGGCUGACUUCAGAGAGUUACUACAGCAUCCUGGUGGUGAAUGGCGUUCCCCAGGCCGCACUGAGAGCCUGCCGGGCGUUUCCCAGCAACGCCGUGCUGCAGGCCGCCGCCCUGUCCUGCCUGGGCCGCCUCACCGCCGCCGUGGUGCAGAACAGAGUGGUGGCCGAGCAGGGUCUGGAGGACGGAGAGGAGGAGGAGAACCGGGGCAGGGACGAGGUCCAGGACCUGGGUCUGUGCUGGAUGGGGGACUGCUGCUCGGCACUGGAGACUCACGCUGCGGAUCCUGCCGUUCAGGCGGCGGCCUGCCGGGCCGUCCACAGCCUGCUGCAGCAGCCGGCUGCGGCGCUCUGCUGGGAGGAGGAGCCGACUGGAAGGACUCCGCUCCACAGUCAGCUGAUGGCAGCCAUGCUGCUGCACUCGUCCUCUCCCGCCGUGUUUGCAGCUGCUGCCGGUGCGAUGGCCACGCUCAUCAGAGACCGCGGAAAAAUCCGCUCUCUGCUGCUGUCCAGUGGUCUUCAUGUUAACUUGGUGGAGAUGAUGAAGAGACAUUUAACCUCAGCAGAAGUUUCCAUCAGUGCGUGUAAACUGUUGAAGCUGCUCUUCCAGGGAAGAACAGUGAGCCUGGAUGAGCUGAACAUGGUCAUGAGUCAGAUCAUCAGCUCCAUGAAGGCCCACAACUUCCAGGCUGAGCUGCAGCUGGAGGCUCUGCAGGCCAGCAUGGUCUUCCUGUGCCCAGACCGCAGUCUGAGGGAGUACGGCAUGUCGGUGAUGGAUCCAGACAUGGCUGACGUGUCCCUGAAGGUCCUGAAGAACCAGUGUGUGGUGGAAGACGCCCACACGCUCUACCUGGAAGUCCUCAACAGGUUCAUCAGCAGCCCUGACAUCCAGCAGUGUGGUUUGAAGGUGCUGUCAUCUCUGGCGGACUGCUCUGGUGCAGUGGAUUUGCUGUGCCAGCAGGGGGCGAUUGACACAGUGCUACACACACUCCAGAUGUUCCCAGAGGAGCGAGAGAUCAACUUCUGGGGUCUGACCCUGCUCAGCCACUUGGUGACCAGGAAGAAGCUGUCCAGGAUGAUGGUCCCUGUUCUGGCGUCCGUCCUGGUGUCUUCUCUGACUCGGCACAGAGAAGACACAGAGAUGCUGCUGAAGUGUUUUCAGGUGGCUCUGAGGCUGCUGGACGCCUGCUCUGGCGCGGCUGCUGAGCUGCACCGAGAAGACUUCGACAGAGAGAUCUUCCGCUGCCUCCGAGAUGACUGCGACCCCACCACCAACCCCCUGCGGAGGCCGGCGUGCCUGGCGCUCUGCAGGAUGUGGAGCCACUCGGAGCUGCACUAUGACAUGCUGGAGAAGGCUUGCAGGGACGGAGACACCGCCAUGGCGGAGUGCCUGCUGGAGCUGGGCGCCGACGUCAACGGCAAGGCCAAGAGCGAGUCGCUCAUCUACCAGGUCUGUGAGCGAGGGGGGCCCCUGGAGCUGGUGGAGCUGCUGCUCGGCCGAGGCACCUCCGAGCAGCAGCUCCGGAAAGCUCUGUCCGUGAGCGUGAAGAGGGGCGACGGGCCCAUCGUCAUCCGACUGCUGGGCCGCCUGGGUCUGGACCUCAACAACGGCGCCCUUUGCCUGGGGGGCUUCAGGCUGGGGCGCCUGGACGCCAGCUGGCUGAGUGCCCUGCUGGCCGAGCGAGGCCGAGCUCAUAGUCUGCGCUGCAGAAGUAAAGGCAUGACUUUCGCCAGAUACAUCCAGUCGCUGCAGAGGUCCAGGUGUGCCAGCGGUCCUUCCAGAGCAAUGACCGACCCGUGUCUGACCUCAGGCCACAUUUCUGAUGAGAGUGACGAGUCCAGCUUCAGCUUUGCCUCUGCAGAUGACGGCCUGUUCUUCAAUGACGACAUGGAGAGUGAUGGAAGUGAUUCUUUGCCCGGUGCCUCAUCUCCAAAGUCUCCCGACUCCACGGAGGAGCCGAGGGCCCAUCACUUCAGAAGGAAGCAGGGACGGCACAGACACACCAGUACAGAGAGCGCCCAUGUUGACAGCGACCCUGGCGACCUUCAGCAGAGGAGCAAUGGAAUCACUGGCUCCAACCAAAAAGUAAAGGGGUCUGCUGAGAGCUUUGUGUCCAAAGAACGAGAGCAGAUCCGCCUGCUGGACCUGUCAGGGAACGAGCUGGCGUCUCUGUCCUGUUUGAUCGACGACGGCUUCAUCCAGCAGCAGCUGUGGAACAUGAUCCGCCUCGACCUGAGCCACAACAGUCUUUUAGAGUUCCCCCCUUCUCUCUGCCAGAGUUUGAGGAGUCUUACUCGACUGGACCUGCAGGGGAACCACCUCCAGUCGCUGCCAGAGGAGCUUCUGUCUCUGCCCCGCCUGCGAACACUCAACGUAUCCCGGAACUGCAUCGGCCCCCGGGUGGUCUUCCCCCCGGCGGCGUCCUGCCCGUCGCUCCGGCAGCUCAACCUGUCAUUCAAUCAAAUCGCAGAGUUCCCACAGGAGCUGGGACGAACCCUGGCCCAGCUGGAGGAGCUGCUCCUGGAGGGUAACGGCGUGGUGGAGCUGUGCACCGCUCUGCGCCUGUCCGAGCUGCGACUGCUGGAUGUGAGCAGCAACAGCCUGGAGAGAGUGGCUCCUCACUUCCUGAGCGGCUGGAGCAAACUGGAAACCCUCAACCUGUCCUCCAACAGCCUCUGUUCUUUGUUUCAUCUGCCAUCAAAGAUCACAACACUGAGACUGGAAAAGAACAACUUCACUUCUGUUCCUGAGGCUGUUCUCCAUCUUCCCAACCUGCGCUCUGUGGACCUGAGGACCAACAGCGUGUCGGUGCUGCCCGGCCCGGCCCGCUGGAGCUCCAGGAACAUCCGUGAGCUGAUGUUCAGCCAGAACUGCAUCCAGGUGCUGGAUCUGAGCGGCCCGGUCCACAGGUGGGCCAGACUGGAGAAGCUGCACCUGAGUGAGAACAGACUGGCCCAGAUCCCCCCUCAGAUCGGCCUGCUGGAAGGUCUGACCUCGCUGGAUGUGAGUCGGAACCCCGGCCUGCGCUCGUUCCCGGACGAGAUGGGGAGGCUGAGCAGACUGUGGGACCUGCCGCUGGACGGCCUGCGGCUGCAGCUGGACCUCAAACUCAUCGGCAGUAAAACCAGAGACAUUAUCCGAUUCCUGCAGCAGCGGCUGAAGAAGGCGGUGCCAUACUAUCGCAUGAAGCUGAUUGUGGUGGGGAACGCCGGCAGUGGAAAGACCACCCUGAUCCAACAGCUGAUGAAGCUGAAGCGUUCCCAGCUGAGCUCCAAGCAGGCCGCGGUCGGCAUUGACGUCCGGGACUGGACCAUCAGGGAGCGGGACAGGAAGAGAAUGCUGCUGAACGUUUGGGACUUCUCAGGUGGAGAAGACUUCAGUGGCUCUCAUCCUCACUUCCUGACAUCCAGAGCGCUGUACCUGGUGGUCUACAACCUGAGCAAAGGAGCCAGCCAGGUGGACAGUCUCAAACCCUGGCUCUUCAACAUUAAGGCAGUAGCACCGCUGUCUCCGGUCAUUCUAGUGGGGACCCACACCGAUGUGACUGAUGACCUGCAGCUGCAAGCCUGUCUCAGCAAAGUCCGAGACGAGCUGCUGAACCACCAGGACUUCCCUGCCAUCAGGGAUUACCACGUGGUCGCUGCCCGCGAGGACUCUGACGCCAUCGCAAAGCUCCGCAAGGCCAUCGCUCGAGAGGUCGCUGGCUUCAAGAUUCAGGACCAGCCUGUGAUGGGCCAGCUGGUUCCAGAGUGCUACGUGGAACUGGAGCGUGGGCUCCUCCAGGAGAGGCUCCGGGUUCCUCCAGAGUUUCCUGUCCUCAGGCACUGCCAGCUGCUGCAGCUCAUUCAGGAGAGUCAGCUGCAGCUGGAAGAGGCGGAGCUGCCUCACGCCGUCCAUUUCCUCAGUGAAGUCGGGGUUUUAUUGCACUUUGAUGAUCCUGCCCUUCAGCUCCAAGACCUGUACUUCAUUGACCCUCAGUGGCUGUGCAGCGUCCUUUCACAGAAACAGACUCUAAAGAGCUGUGGCUUCAGGGAGCAAGCUAAAGGUGUUGUCCAGCGUUCUACUGUGGAAAAGUAUCUGUUUGAGACUAAAUGUUUUCCAAAGAGUCACCUGAUGCAGUUCUUCAAACUUCUGGAGAAAUUUCAGAUUGCUCUUCCCUUUGGCGAUGACCAGCUGCUGAUACCUAGCAGCCUGUCCAAAUAUAGGCCGGUGAUUGAGCUUCCCCACUGUGAGAACUCUGAGAUGAUUGUACGUCUGUACGAGAUGCCGUACUUUCCACUGGAUUAUUGGUCUCGCCAAAUCAGCAGUCUGCUGCAGGUUUCCUCGUAUUUACUUUGUGGAAGAGAAAAAGUGGUGCGGCCAAACAAGAUCUACUGGAGGAGAGGCAUAUACCUGAACUGGUCCCCUGAGGCGUACUGCCUAGUGGAGGCUGCAUCCGCGGAGGAGAGUCCCUCCAGCUACGUCAGGAUAACAGUGCCAUCUUCACACAAAGGUCGGGUGCUGCUGGGUCAGGUGGUGGACCUGGUGGACUCCCUGCUGGAGGAGUGGUUUCCCAGCCUGCUCAACACUGACAUGCAUGGUACCGGGGAGGCUCUGCUCAAGAAGUGGGCUCUGUACAGCUACCAGGACAACCAGGAGUGCAGCAAGAUCCUGCUGGAGGACCUCUUCAGCUGUUUCAAGAAUGAUUUCCUGCUGGUGGACCCAGACAAUCCUGGCCGCAGGCUUCACAUCUCCCAGAUUGCCCCUGAUCUGGUACUGAGUGACCAGCCUGCAGGGACCAUACUGGACCGUGAGGACCUAGAUGUGGAUCUUUCUAAAGAGAACCGACUGGGUGACGGUGGCUUUGGAACCGUUUAUCGAGGAGUGUAUAAAAACGAAGAUGUUGCUGUGAAGGUCUUCAACAAGCAUGCAUCAGAACUGUAUAUCCACAGGCUCCUCCGACAGGAGCUGACGGUGCUGGGUCGUCUGCGUCACCCCAGCCUGGUGGCUCUUCUGGCUGCUGGCUCGUCUCCUCCCAUCCUGGUGAUGGAGCUGGCUCUCAGAGGAUCUCUAGACUUGCUCUUUGAACACGAGAACGGGAGCCUGAACCAAAAGCUGCAGCACAGGAUUGCCCUGCAGGUGGCAGACGGACUCAGGUACCUUCACUCAUGCAUGAUCAUCUACCGGGACCUGAAGCCACAUAACAUUCUGCUGUUCAACCUCAAGACUGAGUCAGAGGUCAUCGCUAAGAUUACAGACUACGGCAUCACUCAGUACUGCUGCAGCUUUGGCGUGAGGAGCUCAGAAGGCACCCCAGGUUUCCGAGCACCAGAAGUUGCUCGAGGCACAGUGAUUUACAACCAGCAGGCUGACGUCUUCUCAUUUGGCCUGCUCCUCUAUGACCUGCUGACCUAUGGCGAGCGCAUUUCUGACGGCAUGAAGUUUCCCAGUGAAUUUGAUGAGAUCGCUGUGCAGGGGAAGCUGCCAGAUCCAGUGCAGCACUAUGGCUGCUCGCCCUGGCCGGGCUUCCAGGCGCUGAUGAAAGACUGUCUGAGGGAGAGUCCUCAGGACCGGCCCACCUCCGCUCAGGUGUUCGAGCAGCUGAGCUCGGCGGAAAUGCUGUGCCUCAUGAGGGAGUUUGUGGUUCCCCAGGUGUUCAGCACUGAGUGCCUCGCAGUCAGUAGCAGUCACAGGGCCUGGCUCGGGGGGGCCAGCAGCAGCCAGAGGGGGGGGCACAUCACCUCUGUGGACCUGGACAGCAACCGCCUCACUACACAGGAAGUGGACUCCAGCCCUGUCCUUUGCCUGGUGAUGGUUCAGAUCCCAGACGAGGUGUGUGAAUGGCUGGUCGCAGGAACCCAGUCUGGUUCAUUAUUGGCCCUCAGCACACAGGACACUUCUUCCUGGCAUUACCUGCAGGGCAUCACAGCAGCUGUCACCUCGCUGUACUUCCAUGUACAUCCUCGUCACACCCAAAGAAAGAACUAUCUGCUUGUUGGGAGAGCAGAUGGAAGUGUCAGUGUUUACGAGGAUUCUGUACUCAAGCAGGAGAAUGGCCAGCCAGUUAAAACUGUGUGUGUGGGCAGCAUCAACACCCCAGUUGUGUGUUUGGGACAGUCUGUGCACACUCUGGACAGAGGGGCCAUGUGGGCCGCAUGCAAGACCAAGAUCCUCUCCUUCACCAUAGACUACGACGUGUGCAAGACCAUCGACACCCGACCGAGCAUCUCCUUCCAGCAGCAGCGGUCAUUGGCUGGCGAGCUGUGCAUCUCUCAUAUGGCUGUGGAUAAACUGGUGUACCUGAGCAAAGCUGGAACUCCACUGGUGGAGGUGUGGGACAAGAGGAGUGAGAGGAUGGUGGACUGCAUCGACUGUGCCCAGCUUAUCAGACCUCACUCUGGCUGCAGCACAGGUCAACGAUAUGGCAGUGAGGCAGGGCUUCCCGCGGCGUCCGUUGAGGCGUUACUGGUGCAGAGCAGCUCGGUUCUGUGGAUCAGCACUGAGGGGGGCUACCUGCUGCUGCUGGACCUGCACAGUCAUCAGGCCCUGCAGGUGGUGGGGCCCCACCGCCACUCCAUCCGCUGCAUGACGUCGGCUCUCAUACAAAAGCUGAACUGGAAAAACGUUGUGCUGGUGGUGGGCCAAAGACUCCCACAGGACAGACAUCAGGAUGAUGCCGAGUGUGUGCUGACAAUGUGGAACAGCAUGCUGCCCAUGGAGGUCAAAGACCUGAAGAAGCACUGCGAGAAGAGAGAGCAGAUCUCAUGCAGGAUGAGAGAGCAGCUCCAGCAUGUCUGAGCCUGCAGGAUGUCUGAGCAGAGCAGCAGCAGAGCAGGAAGCCAUGGGAGCUCCUUCCUGCUGCCUUUCCCUGGCGGACGACCGUCUCUGGGUGCUUCGGAAACUCCUCCAAAUUCUGGGGAUUUCUGAGUAUGAAGCACUAAGCUCAGUGGUGAAAUGGACCUUCCUCCAUCUUCCUGAAUGGCUUUUUAAAACACAGCCACACUAUCAAAUGUUUCCUUAUUUUCAUUCAAAUAAAAUCUUUUCAGAAUUU